UCCUGCUCUCUGGGUCUGGGUCUGGGUCUGUGCCUGUGCACGUACUCCAACUCGGUGCUGCUGCUGCACGGUCUGGGGCAUUGGGCUGGAGGCAGCGCUGAUCCCACAAUACACUGGAGCCUCUGAUGUGACAGCAGCCGGAACAUGGCUGAAGUCGGCAGCGGCAGCCUGGCCGAGCAACUCAAAUCGUGCAUCGUCUGGUCCUGGACCUACCUGUGGACGCUGUGGUUUUUCCUGAUGCUUUUCCUAGUUUACAUCUUGCGGGUCCCCCUGAAGAUCAACGACAAUAUGAGCACAGUGAGUAUGUUUUUGAAUACAUUAACCCCCAAAUUCUACGUUGCUCUGACAGGCACAUCAUCCUUGAUCUCAGGGCUUAUUCUGAUAUUCGAAUGGUGGUAUUUUCGAAAGUAUGGCACGUCAUUUAUUGAGCAAGUCUCAGUCAGCCAUCUCCGGCCAUUGCUUGGUGGAGUGGACAACACCACACCCAGUAACUCCACCUCGAAUAAUGGAGAUACCGACUCCAACAGACAAAGUGUAUCAGAAUGCAAGGUGUGGCGAAAUCCACUAAAUUUAUUUAGAGGAGCAGAAUAUAAUCGGUAUACGUGGGUAACAGGAAGAGAACCACUGACUUACUAUGACAUGAAUCUUUCUGCACAAGAUCAUCAGACCUUCUUCACAUGUGAGACUGAUCACUUACGGCCUGCAGACGCUAGUAAGAAGGACUUAAUGCAAAAAGCUUGGAGAGAGAGGAACCCACAAGCAAGAAUCUCAGCAGCACAUGAAGCCUUAGAAUUAAAUGAGAUAUUUUACCAUUGGCGUCCACUGCUACAGCCGCUGCAAGCAAAAAGAAGGACCCAAAAUGGAAUAAAGUUCACAAUGUGUGCAACUGCAUAUAUUCUUUUGGCUGAAGAAGAAGCUACUACCAUUGUGGAAGCAGAAAGACUUUUUAAGCAGGCACUAAAGGCAGGAGAGGUUUGUUAUAGACGCAGUCAACAACUGCAGCAUCACGGAGCACAGUAUGAAGCACAACACAGGCGGGACACAAACGUCUUAGUUUAUAUUAAAAGAAGAUUGGCAAUGUGUUCGAGAAAACUGGGAAGGACAAGAGAAGCAGUGAAAAUGAUGCGAGAUCUGAUGAAGGAAUUCCCCCUCCUCAGCAUGUUCAAUAUUCAUGAAAAUUUACUGGAGGCACUUUUAGAGUUACAAGCCUAUGCUGAUGUGCAAGCAGUAUUAGCUAAAUAUGAUGAUAUUAGCCUACCAAAGUCAGCAACAAUAUGUUAUACAGCUGCACUACUUAAAGCAAGAGCAGUCUCUGACAAAUUCUCACCAGAGGCUGCCUCCAGGCGAGGGCUGAGCACUGCAGAGAUGAAUGCUGUAGAAGCAAUACACAGAGCAGUAGAGUUUAACCCACAUGUUCCCAAAUAUUUAUUAGAAAUGAAAAGUUUAAUACUGCCACCAGAACAUAUUUUGAAGAGAGGAGACAGUGAAGCAAUAGCGUAUGCAUUCUUCCAUCUUCAACACUGGAAACGGGUAGAAGGAGCCCUCAACCUAUUACACUGUACUUGGGAGGGAACAUUCCGAAUGAUCCCCUAUCCCUUGGAAAAAGGUCAUCUUUUCUAUCCAUAUCCAAUCUGCACAGAAACUGCUGACAGAGAAUUGCUACCAUCGUUUCAUGAAGUUUCAGUGUACCCCAAGAAGGAGCUGCCAUUCUUCAUCCUGUUCACAGCAGGCCUGUGCUCCUUCACUGCCAUGUUGGCCCUCCUCACACAUCAGUUUCCAGAGCUCAUGGGAGUCUUUGCAAAAGCUGGGUAGAUCCUGCUGCAAAAUCUAGAAGCACAGGCGAUUUCAGAUCCAUUCAGUUUCUCAGUACGCUGUUUGCUCCAUUAAAUUUUGUGAUGGAAAAGGUUGAAAGUAUCUUGCCUUCCAGCCUGUGGCAUCAAUUGACACGAAUCUAAGAAGAAAGGACUUGUGAUAGACUGAUUACCAUGACACCUGUGCCAAGCUCAUAUGUUGCAGAAUGCAAGGCAGCAUGAAAAAGUGGAUGAAAAUCUAAGUUAAAGACUCUAUAUGUUAUGUUUUGUUCUAAUGUGGACAUGUUUUAUGUUGUACCAAACAAAGUUGUUGUUGUUCUAUUUUAUUAUUUUGCCAUUAGCAAAAUUCUACAAAAAUAAAAAAACACAAAA